AGGGCCGGGACACGGGGGUGGGGGUGUGAAAACACUUUUCCUCGGGAUUUGUGGGGUUUUUGUUGUUUGUCCCUUCCAAUCGUGGCCGGGCGCCGGCGCGGAACGCCGGGGCCGCGGGAGCCGUUUCCAGCCGAGCCGGGCCGGGCGGCGGCAGCGGCGGCGCUUCCCGAGGGCGGGAUGGCGAAAGUGGUGGCGGCCCUCAGGAACCACUGGAAGAAAUCCACGGUCGGCGCCUGCCUGCUGGGCUGGGGAGGGCACUGGCUCUAUGGGAGGCACUGCGAUAACCUGCUACGAAGAGCUGCAUGCCAAGAAGCCCAGGCUUUUGGCAACGAGCUGAUCCCUCCCACUAUGCCAUUGAAGAAAGCAACAGUGUUCCUCAACCCAGCAGCUUGCAAAGGCAAAGCCAGGAACCUUUUUGAAAAGAAUGCGGCACCAAUUUUGCACUUAUCUGGCUUGGAUGUAACUGUGGUUAAGACUGAUUAUGAGGGACAAGCAAAAAAGCUGCUGGAAUUAAUGGAAAACACGGAUCUGAUCAUUAUUGCAGGAGGAGAUGGCACAGUACAAGAGGUCAUAACUGGACUUCUCCGCAGGGCAGAUGAGGCUGCCUUCAGUAAGAUUCCUAUAGGAUUCAUACCUCUUGGAAAAACCUGCACUCUGAGCCACACGCUGUACCCUGAGAGCACAAACCAAGUCCAACAUAUUACUAAUGCUACACUGGCCAUUUUGAAGGGAGAGACAGUUCCACUUGAUGUCUUACAGAUCAAGGGAGAAAAGGAACAGCCUGUAUUUGCAGUUUCUAGUUUGAGAUGGGGAUCUUACAGAGAUGCAGGAGUUAAAGCUAGCAAGUACUGGUACCUUGGGCCUCUGAAAACCAAAGCAGCUCACUUUUUCAGUACAUUUAAGGAGUGGCCUCAGAAACAUCAAGCUGCUCUCAUGUAUGUGGGUCCAACUGAGAGACCUCCAGAAGAGCCAGAGGAGAAACCAUCGAGACCUCCUUUGUAUGUGAGGCUUUACAGACGGCUUCGCUCAUACUGGUCACCUCCAAAAGAAUUUGCCCGGGAGGUAACCCCCGAGGACUGGGAAGAACUGAAGCUCUCCACCAUUGAGCUUUCCAUUGCAACUCGGAACAGGCAGCUUGAUCUAACACGCACUGAGGACUUCAUGGACAUUUGCAUUGAAGCAGAUACUGUCAGCAAAGGAGAGUUUGUUCACAGAGGAAGUCAAAAGAUCCGUGACCCACAUACGUGUCCUGAAGGGAGUCAGUGCAUCCAAGCCAGCAGAUGCAUCUUGCAACUUCCAGAGGGCACUGAGGGAUCCUUUGGCAUUGAUAAUGAGGAGUAUGAAGCUAUGCCUGUGGAGGUGAAGCUAUUACCCCGGAAACUCCGCUUCUUCUGUGAUCCCAGAGUGAGAGAGCAGAUGCUCCAUGCAGCAAUACAGUGAGAAUUCAUUUCAAAGGGGCCAGUGUUUACUAGUCUUACCAGGGUCUCUUCAAAGUGCAUGAGACCUCACUAACUUGAUUAACCCCAGCAGACUAAUAAGCCUUUUGGCUAUUUUUACGCACAAGGUACUUCCAUUGGAAGUGGAUGAUUUGACCGGUCUCAAAGGGGUUAAAAAUGCAAAUGAAAAUUCUGAGAAAUGCAUGUUAAUUUGAUGGCAUCUUUUUUUUUCCCCCUCCCUCCGAGAAGUCAUCAGUGUUCCAUUUACAGCACUGCAGGCUGAGUGCUGUGUGCCAGAUGCUACUGCUGUAAUGCCAUUGUAUAUUAAAGUAAAACGAAAGCACACUUGUUCUUGUGUUCUAAGAGUUUAGGUCUACUUUACCCAUGUAUAAAUCUGGAAAAAAAUUUAUUUUGGGGGGAGUGAUGCUAAGGAAUUCUAUGAAGUGUUGGGAUUGCCACAUUAAAACAGGUGGUUUGUUAUCUGCUCCGUCACAAAAUAAAUUGGAGAUUGGUGAUACCAAGCUUCGGAGCAAGUUUCAAAACUCCCGAUAUGUAUCUGGAUGAGAUAUUUAUGUCAGCCUUUUUCAUCUUGCCAGAUUCAACAGCACAGAGUUCCAGUAAUAAUAUAGUAGAAAUAUAUUCCUUUGAUCAAGUUUAGGCAUAUUACACAGAAGCAAAUUGGAAAACAUCGUUGACCCAAAGCUGUAUGAGGUACAUGUGGAAAGACUCUUUAACAAGCUGAAUGAGUCUUUUUUUGUAAGUAUUCCUUUUAUUCCUGUAGUAAUAUAACACAAGUAAGGGCAUCCAAAUAAUUUUUAUUAUUCAUCGUGUCUGGUUGCUCUCCUCUAAUGUAAACAGUGCUCACCACUCCUUAUGCAAUCUAUAUCCCCUUGAGCCUCAGUACCUUAAUUAGUUUUGUUGCUUUUCUGAGCUUUUGUUUACAGCUUUGCUUUAAUUGCUGAAAGGAAAUAUUAUUGACUUAGGCAAGGUUAUGUGUUGCCCUUCUUAUUGUAGCUUAUAAACUCACAUGAUUCUACCUUGCUUACUGGAAGAAAAAUCAUCUUUAUUUUUCUGAUGUGAUUGUUGCUUGUCUGUAGUCUCUGUGUUACACUGUGAUGUAGUCUAAGUUCAUCUGUUGACUCCUUGCUGUAUUCAAAAUACGAACAUUAGUGAAUUGACUUCCAGCUGCUUUUUUAAGGACUGCAUCCUGGCUACAUGCUGCUUCACUAGCAUCCUCUGCUGGAGACUUCAUAAAGGAAAAAUGCCUUGAAAGGGAAAGCAGGGUUGAGUUUCUGCAUGAUGCUGGAACUACACUGAAUGCUCUCCUUCCAUGGACUGUUCUGUGGAGUAACUAAUUACCUAAACUAGAUGAUCUUUCAAGUCCCUUCUAGCCCUAACCAUUCUUCACUAAGAUCUCAGGGAGUAGAAGCCUGCUACUUCUUUUUCAUAGUUAUGCUGGUGAUAGGUCCUGUUUUGUGCUGUCUUUCUUUUGGUUUGCAGCUAUUAAGAGUGCCCAAUGGACCCCUGAGUCACUCUCCAAGGAACAUGUUGGCUGUGCUCUGCUCUUUUUGCUUGCCACAGAGACACCUGGGACGUUGCUCUGCAGCCACUGGCUCAUUCAGAAUCAGGGACAAUUCCCACCAACAGUUUUUCCUCAAGCUGAUAUUUCUGUAAUAAAAUGUGUUUUUUCCUCAAGUGGCAGGAAAGACAAGGCAGCAGCCAUUUCAAAAAGGAAAGGAAGAUGAUCUGAAGAGGAACAACCGGUCUGGUUCUCAGAGAAAGAAAGCUGACUAUGGAAUUAUGUUACACAUGAUGUUUCAUAAUAUGGCAAACCAGUGCAACAUGAAAUCACUGCAAGAGGCUCCCUAAACCUAACAGAGACCAAGUAUCAAGAGGUAGCCACUCACAAGAUGAAAAGGUCCUCUUCACAGGAGCUGCAAUCCUCACCCACUUCUUGAGAAUACAUUAACAUCUGCCUGAGAGAAGGGAGACACAUUCAUUGCACAAGUGAACCUCAAAGCAUUAUGUGAAGACCAGAAUCUCCAAGAGAUGAGCUGAAGCAGUGGAAUACUUGGAAAAUACUAUGACAGGGAAGAGAGUACAAAGGAGCAGUGUCCUCUUUAUCCCACAUCACACAGCUCUCCUUUCAGGAUCAGGACCCAGACUUCAGUUAUUACCUCUGGUCGUUGAGCCGCCGGUACUUCUCCUUGUCAGCAUUGUUAAUUUUCAGGAGUGGCUGCAGAUGCUCAUGAUGCGUCUUCACGUUCUGGUUGUCCACAUAGACAUCAUAGAGAUCCCGUUUCUGCUCAAAGAUCUUUUCUGUUGUACCUGCCAAAAUCAGAGGAGAUUUUCAGAGCAGCACAUUGCUUUCCCAGCAGACCAACUGUUCUUGCCUGCUUUCAUAGUUAGUCAUUCCAUGCACAACCUAUUUCUCAUCAGUUUUAUUCCACAGUCUGGUGUCUCAGCCUGAAGUUAAAAACAUCACACCUAAUCCAUCAUACUUACAGGCCACGUAUGAUACUUCUGUCUCCAGCAUUUCUAUGUCUGCCACAUUCACAUAGAAGAAUGGUUUGGACUCUGGGACAGUUCCUCCAAGACCAGGCAGAGAAACAUUUGCAAGGCAACAGCAGCAAUACACUGCGAACAAGAGAAGUACAUCCUGAGAUGCUUCUGGUUUUCCCUCAAGGGCAAUCUGAACCCCACUUACCCAGCCCUCCUGCACACUUCUAUGAAAACAAUGGUUAGAGCUCUGAAAUGCCCCUGAACACCAGAACUUCUCAAGUGACAACAUCCUGUUUUGGAUAGGAAAUAAUUGGUUCUCCCAUAGGAAUCUCAUGUUCUGGAUUCCACAAAUUCAGUCAGUGCUCUUAUUGUCCUGUGCUAAUAGGAACUGUGUUUGACAGUGCCAAAUACGUUCUUACUCAAGAGGCCUGAAGAAAAGCAUUUUGUAGGAAAGGCUUAAAUGCAGAGUGAACGGUAUCUUUGUGAGGAAUGGUCACAAUGCAUUUUGAAGACCUGCAUGAUGUCUACCCCCUCGGUACCCACGGGCAUUUCUGCAAGGCUUCAGCCUACUAGAUCAGAGCUCUGCAGUGUCCCUGGAAACAUACCUCUAUAGCAGACAACUCCAACUGGGGGUGGUGAAAAUAUCAAUAUGCGCUUGCGCAGCAGGGCAAACUUCCAGAGGACAAGGAUCUGCUCACCGAAGAAUUUGAUGAACUGAGACAUACAGCCAGCAGGGUGUGUGAUCUGCAGGUGGAGGGAAAGGGAAGAAAACAGCUCAGAGGUGAAACAGGGACACAUGCACAGAUGCUAAGUCUAAAUGUGGGAGCAAGACCAGCACACAGCUUGUAACAGUCCAAGUAACAAAAUCUUAUCUAAGGCAGCCUAAAAAGCGCAGGAGUGACUGCUUACAUAAAGACAUAUGAGACACCAGCAAGGAGCAGCAGCACUCUGACCACUCCUGCAGGCCUCAGAGCACCUGCCUCACCUUCAUCUCUGGGUACAUGUAUCUGUGGAUGGAAGGCAGCCAGUGGACAGGUUGCUGAGAGCCGGGGGUGCCCUUGCUGUCAGGGAGAACUCCUUUCUUGUCAUCAUAGAACGCCUCUAGAUGGGAGUAGUGCCCUGGCAUCUCCAGCUGGUGUCUGGAAAAGAGAGGAAAAAAGGGGAGAUCUGUAGUGUCUCCAGACUAUUUAUUUAGUGCCUUGCCCUCAGCCAACAUCUGAUCUCCCAGCCAGAAGGGGUUCUGGGUGCCUCAGUUGCACAGACUCAUCCAGGAGGGCAGACAAAGCGUCACGAUUAACCAGCAGCUUUCAGUGCAGCCAGAGAACACGGGCAGGACUGAUGCCAGCAGCAAGCUCGUGUAUGCACAGUACUGAUCCUGUUUUAAAUACACUCAGGUAGGAACAGCUUUCUUUUCUACCAUCACCAUUUUCCCUGCUAGAUCCACUCAACACAGCUGAAGUACACAACUAGCCAGGAUUACCAUCAUAAGUUUAGAAGCCUUUUGUAAGCCCUUAGUAAAAUGGUUUUUGGAAGGAGAAAAGGGGAACUUCUUGUCCUCUCAUCUCUCCUUGGGACAAUUAUGUCCACAUAAAAUAAGUAGGGCUUGGGUAGCAUUUGACUAGCCUGUUAGCAAAGAACAGACUGCUGCUAAUUGCUCCCUUAUCUCCUUCACCUUGUGAACCUGUAGGACUUUCUGGAGAAAUGGUCAUUCAGGGAAAUCACAGCACAGCGUUGUAGCCGAAUCUCACUCAACGCCUAAAACCGCUCUCCACGGAGGCUACGUUACCUCUCCCAGGCCAGUCCCAUUCCCAAGGGAACUUACCUGACCUGGUUCUCCAGGAAGUGCAUGUACCUAUACAGCAGGGUGUAGGAAGGGGAGAGAAUCCCCACGGACUUCAUGCGGGCACCACGCUCUAACUCACUCUCCACAGGCAUGUUGGCAAAGCAGGCCAGGCCAAAACAGAGCCCUUUCCGGAAAUAACUGGAGACAGAUGUUUGACAGAAGGAUUAAUGUUAAAAAGAGGAAAAAAAGGAGAAAGAAAGGUAACUGACUGCUAAAAAUACUGAUUUGGGAACACAGUUUCUUCUUUAAGGAUUCUCCUGAAAUCCCACCCUGCUAUCUGAAGGGCUGAGGACAGGUGCCCCAGUCUUCUCAGGAACAAGACAGGAUAUUUAAGGCAAGAGUGCACUAAAGCCCCUACCACACAUCACAGGCCAGUAAGGAAUGCAAGUAAGGAAAUAACUUGGAAUGAAGACUAAAAGAGGAUGCACAACUCAGUCAAUGCAGUGCCCUUCCUCCAAGGAAGAAGCCUGCAGUCGUGCAGUUCUGAGUACAGUCUAGCUACCUACUCAUAUUUUGGGUGCUAGCACAUUGAAGCACACUCCAGUUGACUGCAAGGGUUCAGUUCAUGCGCCUUUGAGAAAGUAACUGUUCUUCCUGCCCAAAAGGAAUUGCGACACUGCAGUUCGUUGCAAAACAUUGCUGCAUUGCAACACUGGGUUAGCAAAAUGCACAAAGUUCCUAUGCCUUUCUGCUGAAGGAAGGAGCUAGCAAAGAAAACAGUAAGCAAGAACUGUUUAUCGGAACAUUUAAAGGAUCCAGAAGCACUGGCAGAAUUAAGAACCUUUUUCUAAGACCUGUUUCUGCAAAAUCCUUCCCAUUCCAGUUCUGCCGUUCUUUCCCCUUCUCCCUAGGCGUCUGCUGACAGUCCCAAUAGUGGCAGUGCAGUGUAAUUUGCCCCAUACACAUUAAAAUUUGCACCCCACUGA